AUGAAGUGUGCUCUUGAUAAAGCUUUCGCCAUAAAAGAUCAUGUUGAAAUGAAGUACUUCCUUGGCAUAGAGGUUGCCCGGAAUGAGAGAGGGAUAAUGCUCAAUCAGAGGAAUUUUAUUAUUGAUAUUCUCAAUAUCACAGGAAAUGAUGGAUGCAAACCUACCAAAUGUCCUUUUUCCAAUGGCAUUAAACAAUAUCUUGACGAAGGAGAAGUCUUGGAUGAUGUUGAACUAUAUAGGAGCAUCAUAGGUAAGUUGCUCUACCUUAAUCUGAGCACACCAGACAUAUCUUACUCAGUUCAACAGUUGAGUCAGUUCAUGGCAAAACCUAGGAAACCGCAUUUUCAAGCUGUCAUUCAUGUUAUUAAGUACCUAUCAGGUACUAUUAAUCAAGGAUUGAUCUACCCAACUAACUCUGAUCUUAAACUUACAUGUUUUUGUGACUCGGACUGGGGAAAUUGUGCCUUCAGUGCUAGAUCAUUGACAGGCUAUUGUGUUUUUCUUGGAAACUCACUCAAAUCAUGGAAGACAAAGAAGCAUAAACUAUUUCAAAGACUUUCACGGAAGCAGAAUACAAGUAUAUGUCCCAAACAACCAAUGAGUUGGUUUGGCUUGAAGGCUUGCUGA